AUGAUGAAUUUUAAUGAUUUUCAAACUGAAAGAAUAAUCACUUGCAGAGGUGAACUCACAAAACCAGAUACUCAUAAUUUUGCAGAGAAUGACUCUCCAGAGAAUUCUUUGGUAGAAGGUUUUGAUUUAGUUUGGAAGAAACAUUCUCUUCAAAUUUUUUGUGCUGCUAUUAAAUUUAUAGUGAAGUUAAGAAAAGCUGUAGAUCAAUAUCAUCUUAAAUAAAUUACUCAUAGAAUAUAUUAAAUAAUUGGAGACAAAUCAUCUGAUUAUUUAUUCUACUAAUCAAAAGGACUGGUAAAUUAAAAAUGGACUUUUAACUAAUAUAUCAAAAGCUUAUUAAUUUAUAAUUUUUUAGUGGACAUGAACAUUAGAGUAAUCAAACCAGAUAGUAAAGUUAAACUUUUGGUUGAUUGUACAAUAUUAAUUUUAAUAGUGAUGAAUAUAUUUUAUAUUCCUAUGCAAUUAUCAUUCUCAUUAUAAGAGAAUGCAUAAACUGUUGAUUUUUUAUUUAGUACAAUACCAAGUUGGGUAUUUUUAAUGGAAAUAGUUGUAAAUUUCAAUACAGCAUAUUAUUAUAAAGGAAUGAUUCAUGAAGAUCGUUCUAAAAUAUUCUAACAUUACAUAAAGGGUGAUUUUUUCAAAGAUGUUUUAGUAGUAAUUCCUUUUUUAAUAUCUCAAUAUAAUAUACCAUAUUUAAAUUUUGUUUUAUUGUUGAGAAUGACUAGAGUUAAUAAAAUAUUUGAAUAAAUUGAGGAAGUCACAUUAAUAAGAGAGAAAUUUGCAGCACCAAUUGAUGUUAUGAAAUUAAUGCUUUUUCUAGUAUUUGUGGCUCAUAUGAGUGGUUGCGCUUGGCAUUACAUAGGGAUUUAAGAAUUAUUUUACAAUAAUACUGGAUGGUUGAUAAAAUAUGGUUAUGGUGAAAAAGAUUGGAUAACAAGAUAUGUGGCAUCUUUAUACUUUGGAACCAUUACAUCUUUUACAGUUGGCUUUGGAGACAUAGUUCCAUAAACAUUAAUUGAAUAAAUCUAUCUAAUUAUUAUGGUUUUAAUUACAUCUCUUGUAUUUGGAUAUACAAUUUCAUCAAUUUAAAAUAUUUUUGGAUAAUUGAGAGAAAAGACAGAUUAACAUAGAAAUAAAAUGGCUAAGAUUAAUUCUUAUAUGAAAAAGAAUAAAAUAAGUCCAAUGCUUUAAAUGAAGAUUAGAAAAUAUUUUGAAUAUUUUUUCACUUUAGAUGAAAGUCCAGAAUUAUUAAUGGAUAAUCUUAAUGAUGAUUUGAAAUUAGAAUUAAGAACUAGUAUAUUUAUACCUAUUAUGAUAAAAUGUAAAUUAUUUUAAAAAUUUGAUGAAAGUUUAUUGAAUCAACUUUGUACUAUUGUUUAGACCUAGAAAUUCAUUCCUGGACAAAUUAUAUUUCAAGAAAAUGAUUAAAUGAAUAAAGCAUACUUCAUUAUUUAGGGAGAAGUAGAUAUAUAAAUUAAUAAAGUCUCAAUUAAAUAACAAUCAGAAGGAUCUUUGGGAAUUCGAGAGUUUUUUCUUUAAAAACGUAUACAUUAUGCCACUAGAGCAACUUAAUUUACAGAGAUUGCAUAUAUUCGUUAUGAUGUAUUAAAUUAUUAAUUUCAAUUUAGGAUUUCUAUCGUAUCAUACGUGAAAAAUAAUCAAAUCAAGAAUAGUAUUGUUAAAUGAAAGAUGAUUUACUCUAUUCAACUGUUUAAACUUAAUGUGAAAUAUGUUCUCAUUCUCAUCAUUUUAAUAGAUGUCCAGUAGUAUUUUAUAGUCCAUCAACAUCUAAAAUUGCUUGUGAUUAUAGUGAUUCAAUUAUAUAACCUCGUUAUUAAAAUAAAAGAAAAUAAAAGAAAAAAAGAAGAACCUUUGAAAAUUUAUAACAUAUUAUAACUUCAGCAAUUGAUUAUAUGUGUGAUAAUGAAACAUUGAGUGAAGGAAUGAAUGAAUCUAUUUUGAAAAGAUAUGGAUAUAUAGAUUAUUAAACUAAAUAAUAAACUUUAGAAGAUGAUAAAUUAAAAUCACUUAAAGUUAUUCAAAAAUUAUAAUUAAAUAGUAAUAAUAAUGGAGAUACUCCAAGAAUGAAAAGAUUUGUUUAUAAAAGUCUUAUUAAAAAAGAAGAUAAAUCUCAAUCUAAAUAUUAAGAAUCAUAAUUAGAAAGUCUUCAUUAAGAAUUUAUUUAAUUUAAAAAAGAGGAUUUAAAUCAAUUUGAUUAACAUGUUGAAUUCUCUCAUUUUCAUAAAGAUAAAAAUAUUAGUAAAGUUCUCACUAAUUUCUAAAAAUAAUAACAUAAUAAACCUAGAGAACAAUUUUAUAGUAAAACUAGAUUAGGAAAGACCAAAAUGACUCAUGCAAUAAAUAUAAUUUAAAAUACACAUCCUAAUUAAAUGAAUAAUUCACAUUUUAAAACAAUAUUUAAUAAUAAAUGA